AUGUUUUACGCAUCCAAAGCUUUGACCAUCUUGUGGCGGUUGACCGGGUUGGGGACGCUCUCGUUGAGCAGCUCACCGCCGCCGUCGUCGUCCCGUCUGUCGGUCGUGUACGCAGCGACCGUUUAUUCGGCGUUCGCGUACCUGUGCUUCGUACUGGCGUCCGAACGGCUGAGCGCGUACGGUCGGCACGAGAGCGGUACGUUUCAGAUCCACGCGAUCCGGGACACGAACAUGGCGUUGCUGUUCGUCGCGUCCACGGUUGUUUACUGGUGCACGCACGUGUACCGUCGGCAACACGUCCGGGUGUACGCAGAACAUGCGGCCGUGGUGCACCAGCUAUUCGGCACCGCAGCUCCGGUCGGCCGCGAUAUGAACGCGUACUGUUGGGUGCUGUACGCGUCGUUGGUCGCCGCCCUGUCGUUAGACGUGCGCCGGUACGUGGGUCCUAUGCCCUGGACGUUCGGGGCAGUCUACGUUUGGGGCCAUUACGUGUUGCUCACUGGCAACAUACAGUUCGCCAUCACCGUUUUCGGGCUGCGGCAGUGUUACCGCGAGCUAAAUUGCCGGAUGCGGGCCGGAAGCUCGGGCCGCUCGCAUGAUUCCGGCCUGCGCGAGUAUGGAACCACCGUCGCAAAAACGUCGUCUUCGGACGUCCAGUUGCAGAACAUUAUGUUCAUCAGCGUAUUGGAAAAAGUAAAUUUGCUUACAAUUUUGAAAUAUUGGUCCGAUGUACAUUGGUCAAUCACACAAAUUGUAUCCAGAGUCAACAACUUAUUUAAAUUUCGAUUAUUCGUCUUCUUUCUUUGUGGAUUACUACAUUUGAUGUUAACACCAUAUUUGUUGUCGUUGACUAUACUCAAUGAGGAUAUUGAUAUAUUGCGUUACAUAUUAGAAUGCACUUUAUGGUUCAUUAUUCAUAUUCUUCGAGUGGUUUUGAUGAUCUACCCGUGUGCUCUACUAGGAGAAGAGGCUGCUAAAACACAAAUAUUACUUGGAAGCUAUCUUAAUACUAAAAUCGAUUUAUUUGAUAUAAAAAAGAUUGAAACUUAUGCACAACAGUUAGCUGCCAACACUCCAGAAUUUAGUAUAUACAGUAUGUUUAUCAUAGACAAGCAAUUAGUUGUUACAUUAACAGGAGCAGUUACAACAUAUUUGGUGAUAAUUCUACAAUUACAAGGUCAAUCAUAAUGGAAUCCUUAUAAUUUAAAUUAAAACAUAUAAUUAUAUCUUCAUAUUUAUAAUUUAUAACUUAUAAUGUAUUCUACAUUUACU